AGAAAAGUUGACGCCCAUUAUGCACACCAACAGAGCACACUGCAAAGCGCAGAGACAGGCAGGCAGACAGCAGGCCGCUCACCCGCUUCACCGGCGCCGCCCUGCCUCCACCUCGUCGCCGGAGUCUCCAGACUCGGCCGCGCAUCCUCGGCCGCAACACGAUCACGUCAUACAAUACUAGUGUGCCAUGAGGACUUUUCAACAAAACCCUGAGGAUAGGAGAGUAAAUACUUCCAAGCCUUGGACUUCAAAAAAGAAGUUUUGUGAGCUGCCUGACUCUGUUGAAGUGCAUAUAAUUGAUGAUGACAGUAAUGACAGCAGCAAGGAUUACUCAGUGGAAGAUGCAUCAAAGCAGCUUGCCAUUUACAAUCCUGAUAUCACACAUGACAAGCAAACUGACAUGGAUCACUAUGCUUCACCGCACCAGAGUUCUAAGAAGCCAAGACGUGGAUAUGGCACAGUUUUACCUUCUAUUGGUACUUAUACUGUACAGUGUGCCAAAUGCUACAAAUGGAGGAUCGUUCCAACCAAAGAAAAAUAUCAAGAGCUACGAGGGAGUAUUUCUCAGGAGCUUUUUGUAUGCGCAAGGGCUCGUGAGUGGAACCGCGAAUUAUCAUGUGUUGAACUAGAAGAUAUUUCACAAGAUGGAAGUAGGAUGUGGGCGAUUGAUAGGCCAAACAUUGUCCAACCCCCUCCUGGCUGGGACAGGGAGGUCAGACUCAGGGGAGCUUCCACCAAGUUUGCAGAUGUGUAUUACACUUCUCCAUCUGGGAAAAAGUUGAGGUCAUUGGUUGAAAUUGGGAGGUACUUGGAACAGAACCCACACUACAUCAGAGAAGGGGUUAACUUAUCCCAGUUUUCAUUUGCCACUCCCAAACCUCUGCAAGAAGACUAUGUUCAGAAGCAUACAUUUGGAGAUGGUCAUGAGUUACUAGGGCUUCAUGAGAUAUCUCAAGUCGAUCCUCUGUGUUGGGCAGGACCUCCUUCUCGCAGAGAACUGCUCGGUGAACUUGGCAUUUCAGCUUUGGGUCGUGUUGACACUGACCAGCCCGAGAUGUCAGAUAGUGUCAGUCUUCACCAGCUCAAGGUGUCUGAACCACCAGCUCAGCACUGCAAGAGAACUGUGAAGCAAGUAUCAUCGAGGAAGUGUCGAAGGACUCCUCCAGCAGCGAGGUAUCCAUUCGAAGAACAAUCUGGUGGCCACACGAACGACAUCGAGCAUGUGCAGCUGUGAACUCCAGACACAGUAGCCUCCUUAGUGUAGUUCUGCUCUUGUUUCAGUAUCAUUUUCCUGCAUCUGUUCCGAAAGGGGGCAUUAACCAAAGGACUCCAGGAUUUGGGUGAUCAGAUGCGCUAAGCAUCGAUUUUGUAAUGUAGAUAUGUUAGGGCCAUGACAUAUUCCAAAUUGGUCCACCAAAUAGGCAGCUGGCAUUAGAGACGUUGGAGAAUGUUUGGUGUAUGUAUUCCCAUGCAAAACCGAUCAUGCAGUGCACUAGUGCUACUGAUACUACUAAGUACAGUAACUUAGCCGUGUGUGUUGUGGGUCUA